GAUUCUGUUUAAAAGAUUAAAAUAUGGUUUCAAAAGACCGUAAGAAACCUACUGGAUCUCCAAAAGUACAAGUUGGGGAGAUAGAUACAAGUGCACCAUUUCAGUCUGUCAAAGAUGCUGUUAACUUGUUUGGGGAAGGUGCAUUCUCAGGGGAAAAACCUGCAAUCAGGAAGCCAAGACCUCAGUCUGCAGAGAGGGUACUGGCAAAGGAAACACGGCUUCACUUAGCCCAGAAAGAGCUGAACAAGUUGAAGGAACAGUUGAAAAAUGCAGAAACCACUAGAGCCCAAGCACUUACGGAGCUCGAAAGGGCAAAACGGACCGUUGAUGACCUCACCAAAAAGCUUAAAAUUGUUUGCGAGUCAAAGGAUUUGGCUGUCAAGGCGACAGAAGCAGCAAAGAGUCAGGUGAACCAACUUGAAGCACCAAAUGAUGGCUCUGUUAUGGGGAAGGAUGGUUCUUGGAAAGUGGAUCUGGAAACUGCAAGAGAAAAGUAUAUGGCUGAAAUAGCUGAUCUUGAUAAAGCAAAACAAGAGCUGAGGAAAAUCCGCCAGGAUUGCAAUACAUUUAUGGAAGAAAAAACUGGCGCUAUUGAGCAGGCAGCAGAAGCUGAGCGUACUGCCAAAGCAAAUAUGGAAAGAGCUAGUGAGCUCUCCAAGGAAAUAGCAGCUGUCCACGAGUCGGUUGAUCAACUAAAACUUGCUUGUGUGCAGGAGCAGGAAGAGGAGGCAAAGAUUUAUGCUGAAAAGAAUGUCCAGAAGCAGUCCUACAAGGCUAAACUUGAAGAGUCAGCAGAGAAGUUACUUGCUUUGAAGAAAGAGACGGAUGCAGAUUUAGCCAAGAGUCUUGAAGCACAGUUAGCUGAAACAAUGUCUGAAAUUGAAGCUUUGAGGAAAGAAAUGGACAGUGCGAAGUCUUCUGACCUUGAUACGGUGAAAGUUGUCACUGCAGAGCUGGAUGAUGCUAAGGAAUCACUACUUAAGGUCGCAGAAGAAGAGAGUACUCUCCAAACCUUGGUGGAGACCCUUAAACUGGACCUGGAGAAUGUCAAGAAAGAACAUUCUGAUCUGAAGGAGAAGGAGGCAGAGACAGAAUCACUUGCUGGGGGUCUGCAUGUCAAGCUCCGGAAAGCCAAAUCUGAGCUUGAAGUAGCAGUUGCAGAAGAAGCCAAAGCAAGAGGUGCUUCUGAAGAAAUGAUCUCCACUCUCCACCAGCUGACCUUGGAGACUGAAAAUGCAAAGCUUGAAGCUGAAGAGAUGAAUAUGCAAGCAGAAGAGUUAAAGAAUGAAGCUGAAGCCACUAGAAUGGCGCUUGAAGAAGCAGAAAAGAAGCUUAAAGUGGCGAUGGAAGAAGCUGAAGAAGCAAAAUCAGCUGAGGCUGAGGCUCGUGAUCAAAUUGAGAUUUUAUCUGAAAAAACCACAGCUGCACGAUCCUCAACUUCUGAGGCUGGUGCUCGUAUUACUUUAUCAAGAGAUGAGUUUGACUCAUUGAGCCGUAAAGUUGAAGAACUUGAUAAUUUAGCAGAAAUAAGAGUGGGAGCCGCAAUGGCUCAGGUAGAGGCGGUGAAAGCAAGUGAGAAUGAGGCCCUCAAGAAGUUGGAGGCUACUCAAAAGGAGAUUGAUUAUAUAAAAAUUGCAACUCAGGAAGCCUUGAAGAAGGCAGAGAUGGCAGAAGCUGCCAAGAAGGCCGUAGAAGGGGAGCUUAGAAGGUGGCGAGAACGUGAGCAAAAGAAGGCAGCUGAGGCAGCUUCUCGUAUUCUUGCUGAAACACAUAUGAACUACAGAUCAUCUCCUCAAAGUUACACAGUUCAGAAGGAGAAACCAUCUGAGAAAUUCAUGGAAUCACAUUUAAAGAUGCACUCACCCAUUGAAACCAAGAAGCAAAACACACAAGAGAACAUAAUGGAAACGCACAAGUUGCAGAAAGCAAAGACAUCAGUGUCAAAGAAGAAAGUAUUGAUGCCUAGUAUCAGUGGCAUUUUCCACAAGAAGAAAAACCAAGUAGAGGGAAAUUCUCCAUCAUAUCUUCCUGGAGAGAAACCUGUUUGGUAACAUUUUGUGCAAAAUAUAUGUGGUGGAGAGGAACUGUGCUCUAUGCCAUGGAUUGUGUGUAUAUCUGAAACCUGUGGAGCAGCAAUUCUUUCCCCUUUCACUUUUGGUAUUUAUUGCGUGUCUGCAACUUCUUAGAGUUAUAUACAUUUGUCUCCUAUAAUAACAAUAUGCUUACGG